ACAAGACGAAAGUUGAGGUCGUCUCAUCAACUUCGUUCGUAAGACUAUACUUUCUGCUCAUUUGCUUGAUCUUCAAGCAUUUAGCUAUCUAUUAACUACCAUUCUACUAAAACCCUAUCUUUCUCUCUCCCUCUGCAGCGCACUUUUGUUUUCUCUCUCAGUUUGCUGUUUCACUAAAAUGGGGGAGGAGGCAAAUCCAAACGGCAAUGUGAAACCGGUUUUGACCAUCGGUUCAUCGGUCAUUCCGAUAAUCAAUAAGCUACAGGACAUCAUAGCGCCAGUUGGCGACGAAUUAACGAAGAUAUCGUUGCCGCAGGUGGCGGUGGUUGGUAGUCAGAGCAGCGGGAAGUCUAGUGUGCUCGAAGCUCUUGUUGGUCGUGACUUUCUGCCACGUGGAUGUGAUAUUUGCACUCGUAGACCACUCGUUUUAAUGCUAGAGAAUCGGCCUCGUACGCCUGAUGACGAUGGCUCUGAGUGGGGCGAGUUUCGACAUUUGCCUGGCAAGCGUUUCUAUGAUUUCUCCAGAAUUCGAAGAGAGAUUCAGGCUGAGACAGAGAGAGAAGCAGGCUUAAACAAGGGAGUUUCAGAUAAACAAAUUCGCUUAAAGAUUUCUUCCCCAAAUGUUCUUGAUAUGACGCUUGUAGAUUUACCUGGCAUUACCAAGGUUCCCGUGGGAGAUCAACCGAAAGAUAUAGAAACAAGAAUUAGGAAGAUGAUAAUGGCCCAUAUUACCCAAGAAAAUUGUAUCAUAUUAGCAGUAACUCCUGCCAAUUCCGAUUUGGCCACUUCUGAUGCUCUUCAAAUGGCUAGAGAAGCGGAUCCACGUGGUUCUCGGACGAUUGGUGUAAUCACAAAGCUUGAUAUAAUGGACAGAGGCACUGAUGCAUGUAACUUUCUGCUUGGAAGAGUUAUUCCUCUUCGUCUCGGUUAUGUUGGUGUUGUGAAUCGCAGUCAAGAGGAUAUUAAUUAUAACCGGACGAUUCAAGAUGCACUGGGUAGUGAGGAGCAAUUCUUCAGCAAUCAUCCUGUAUAUAAUGGCCUUUCUGAUCGGCUUGGGAUUGCUCAGUUGGCAAAGAAGCUCAAUCAGAUACUGGAACAACAUAUCCGAAUUGUUCUUCCAAAUUUGAAGGCUGAGUUGAAUUCUCGAAUGACUUCUGUGUUGAAAGAGUUGCACACAUAUGGUGAAGGCAUUGAGUUGAAAGGAGAACAAGGAGUGAUUCUGUUGAACAUCUUAACAAGAUACUGUGAAGCUUUCAUUGCCAUGGUGGAUGGGAAAAGUCAGGAGAUUUUGACUAAAGAGUUGUGUGGAGGAGCCAGGAUCCACUACAUUUUUCAGUCUAUUUUUGUAAAGAGCUUGGAGGAAGUGGAUCCUUGUGAAGGUCUAACUGAUGAUGACAUUAGAAUGGCUAUUCAAAAUGCUACUGGUCCUAGAAAUGCUUUGUUUGUACCAGAGGUUCCUUUUGAAGUUUUGGUUAGAAAACAAAUCUCACGGUUGAUAGAGCCUAGCCUCCAUUGUCUCAGAUUUGUACAUGAUGAGCUGAUAAAGAUGAGCCACUCUUGUCAAGCAACUGAGUUGCAGAGAUAUCCAUACCUGAGAAGGCGUCUAUAUGAAGUCAUGGGAAAGUUUUUGCGUGAAGGUGUAAAACCAGCUGAGAGUAUGAUAAGAAACAUUAUUGAGAUAGAGAUGGACUAUAUAAAUUCUUCACAUCCAAAUUUUAUAGGGGGGAAAAAGGCAGUUGAACUUGCCAUGCAGCAAUUGAAAUUGUCACAGGGAGGUUGUCCCCAAUCAAAUAAUGACAAAGCAUUAGCAGGUGGUAACACACCCACAAGGACUUGGGGUAUUUCAACAUUGUUUGGUAGCAGGGCAUCACCUGUGGAGAAUUCAUCCAGCAGACCUCUUGGUAAACCUUUCUAUGAUACUGAAUAUCCAUCAUCAGCAAUCCAAUUGAUUGAGCCCCCAUCUAUCUUGAGGCCACUAGAAAUGACAGAGCAUGAAGCAGUGGAAAUAAUUGUAACCAAAUUGCUUUUCCAGUCCUACUAUGACAUUGUUAGGAAGAACAUUCAAGACCUAGUUCCAAAGACAAUAAUGCACUUUUUGGUCAAUCAUACUAAGAGAGAAAUUCAUGACACCUUCAUCCAGAAACUUUACAGGGAAAGCCUUUUCGAAGAGCUGUUGCAUGAGCAAGAUGAGGUUGUCAAAAAAAGAAAACAUGCUCGUGAAGUUUUCCAUGUUUUGCAAGAAACUGUACAGAUGCUUGAUGAGGUUGAAUCCGAUGUGUCAUCUCGACAUCCAUAUUCAAGCAUGUGUACCGAUUCUACCACUGGAUUGCCACCAGGAUAUUCGUCACAUGACUCAAAAACUGGUAAAACCCGUUCAUCUUACAUAUUAUCAUCCAGCUCCAAAGCUCGUAGAUUAUAUUGACAGCCAUUGCCUGUCAACUCGAAUGGCGUACGGUAGGCUGUAGUGAUCAUGUGGACCUUGGACUUUAAGGCUGUGCUUUUGGUUUUGGAUGGGGUGAUUAAAGAUGGCUGAUUCCAAUAACAAAACCAGUAGUUAGGCUUUUUAAGCAUCAGGUUGUGUGUGUAUACGCGGGUGAUUUGAACAUAUUAGAAACGGUAGCGUUUGCAUGGUGCCAAUAUAUGUUUUUGAGAAAUUUUGUCUUGUA